UUUGGGAAAACUGGGUGUAGGAGUAACAAGAUUGACAGAGAGAAGGGGAGGAGGCAACAGGGGCAGAACUCUUACAUUGGGGGAGUACAGGAAUGAACCACAGGGAAUUGUAACUUAACAACGCAAUACAACACUCUGUCAUGAGCUCACAGAUGCGAGCUUCCAGAGCCCCACUGUGCUCUUCCGUGCUCGCUCUGGGCAACACUGCAGCAGCAGCAGCAGCGGCAGGAGCAGCAGAAUCAUGGUCCGGAGCCGCUACCUCCUGCUCCUCUUUCUCCUGGUCCUGCAAGCCCAGAAUGCCCAGAGUGCUCCAGCACCUGGGCAGGGAGCAGUUCAGGCCAGAGAGCACUCUCCUCCAGCUCCACAAGCAGAUUCUAUGCUGAUUCCCAGCUGGUACCUCAAGCGGAAGGAUUCCCAGAAAAUACCUGUGGUUCCAAAAGGGCUUCUAAGAGCAUUGAUGAAAACUGCAUCUGAGACAGAUCAUGAGAUUGUGCAGAAGAAGAUCUAUCCUAUGGGAGAAAGUAACAGCGUGCCUGGUUCAGAUGAAGAAGCAGAAGGAGUAAUGGAUACCCGUACACCUGCUCAGGAUGAGAGACAUAUAGGCAGGUCAGCUGCUGUGCAAAAAGCCAAGACUGCUGGACAGUUGGAAUUUAGUAAGAACUACAUUCUAGUGUCUGCAGCAGUCUCGGCUCUGCUGCUGCUUGCAGCAGUGGUUGGGUACAUAAUCGUGUACGAGCUGCUGAAGAGAGACAAGAGGAUUCAGGGAGACAAAGAAGCAUCAAUGGAAUCCAACACUUACUCUGUUUGGGACAGCAAAGAUCAUAGCAAAAUUAAAGGUGAAGCAGAAUGAGGAGAUUGCCGAGGAGAGAUCAAGAGAGCCCAAACAAACAAGUUCAACCACAGUUGCUGCCUGUCACUAGAGAUCUCUGAGGCAAAGCUUGCCCAACUGUAUGAAACUAUGGAUGCAGGCCCCCCAGCCUCUGCCUGCCUCUUUCAGCUGCCAUUUGUCUGAUGAGACCUUUUCACAGGUGUUCUAGGUGACCUAGGUGGUUUAUAUAGAUAUAUUUAUGUAUUUAUUAUAUUUCCUAUAUGUCCAUA